GAUGAGCUGUUUAGUAAAUGACGAUGACCCUUUUCCUGCGGACGACUGUUUAUUCGCUGACACUUUUUCGCAGGACAGCGUUUAUAUGUUAAUGGGCCAGGAGCUGAAGAUCACAGAGUUAUUCGGUGCAAACCUCGGCGUGGCUGCCCCAGUAUGGGAAUCCGCGCAACAAUUAUGUCGAUACUUUGAGGAGCAACAUGUGGAGUGGCGUGGCAGACGCGUCAUCGAGCUGGGAGCGGGGACCGGUGUCGUUGGGAUCUUAGCUGCUUGCCUCGGUGCAGACGUGACCCUCACAGACCUUCCUGUGACUCUUCCACAGCUUGAGGCCAACGUCUGUGCCAACAUGCCAUCCAGCGGUUGGCCUUCUGCCCCUCCCACUGUCCUCCCUCUGUGCUGGGGUGAGGACCACAUGAGGUUCCCCUCAGACUGGGACUUGGUCCUGGGUGCAGAUAUCGUUUACCUCCCCGAGACGUAUCCACUGUUAGUGGACACCCUGGCUCACCUGUGCAAGAAUAAGGCCGUGGUUUACCUCUCGUCCAAAAUGCGGAAAGAGCACAAGACGCCAAGUUUUUUUGAAGAACAUCUGUCCAUGAGAUUUUGUGUACAACUUAUGCACCGUGAUGACAAUCAAAACAUUAAUAUUUACAGAGCGUCUCUUAGAAAAGCCCAGUAAGAACGUGGAUAUUCUACUCUUACUGGAUUUUUUUACCACAGCAAGACCAAUCAUGGCUGUAUUCUUUUGGGUCAGAAGCAAACGCCACAUUGUCACUUUUAUAUAUCUUAAUUUUAAAAUUGUAGUUGGUUUUUAAUUUUUUUUUUUAUAGUGCAGCACAGUGAAGUAGUGGUUACCACAUCUGCCUUACAGUCGAGAGGUUCUGGGUUCCUGUGUGGAGUUUGCAUGUUUUCCCCGUGCUUGCGUGGGUUUUCUACAGGUACUCGGGCCCCCUCCCACAUUCCAAAUAGAUGUAGGGUAAUUGAAGACUCUAAAUUGUCCAUAGGUGUGAAUGGUUGUUGGUGUAUAUGUGCCCUGCGAUUGGCUGGUGACCAGUCCAGUGUGUACCCCACCUCUUGCCCAGAAUAUGAAUGGGUGAAUUCAUGUUGGUGUGUUAUUGUUUACCUAAUUCUCUUGAGAAACAAUGAAAAUAAUCUUCAUGAUGAAGGUCAUUAUUGUAGUUGUAUAACUACUUCUUGAUGAUUUUGUUUGGUCAGAUUAUGUGAUAAUUUGAUAAUCAGAUUAGGGAUGGGCAUUUGAUUGCAGGUAAAUUUCCAUAAUCAGAUAUGGGGAACUCCAAACAAUGAAGUCAGUAGUUUUUACUGUUAAAAUAUAAAUUUUAGAAUAAUGUUCUGAACUCUUGUCCAUGCUAGUCUUUAUAUUGAGUAGAAUAUCUUCCCACACCUUUAGUAGAAUAACAAGACAAUAAUAAGAAGAACACCCGUUGUCAUGUUGUUCUUCAGAACAAAAACCAGUUGAGACUGAAUUUUGCUGAAAGUAGUGGACCCCGUUUUGCCUCAAUUGCUUCAGGAAAUGAUCGCGCGACAAUCUAUUUCACGACACAUUCCAGUCAAUUCUUAAUCAUUUCCUCAACUAAUCAUUUAAAAUACUUAGUCUUAAUAUCGGUAUUAACUUUUUACAUCAUAUUUUGAAAUAUGCAAAUGUUAAGCAUGACAUCUUUUUAAAAAUGUUUAAAUCAUUUCCACAAAA